AUGUGCCACCACCAACCCUCCCGCUGCUUCUGCGGUGCAACCCUCAUCCUCAAGACUGCCCGCUGCGCCGCAGCGAAACCCGACCAUCCCUGCGCCUUCCCAGACCCAGUAACCAUCCUCAUCGCAAAUGUCGAAGAAGACUGCUACCGCCCCUGCUGCGCCAACGCCGAUAGAGAUCCCACCCUCCAAUCAGACGAAGAGCCCAUCCUCAGCCCCCAGUCCGACGAAGAGCGCGUCCUUCCCUGUCAGCCAGAUGAAGGUCCCUCCAGAUCCAACGCAAGCCCAGCCACAACUGCAGCCACGCUAACCGCCAUCCGCGCCUCCCUCGACAUCCUCCAGGCCGCGCUGUUCAUGGCACAAGAAGACGGAUUGGUCGGGCGGCGCGCAGCUACCUUGUACCCCGUCGAAAGCCGCAGCUCAGACGCGCAUGCUGGUAUCCUGCGUGCCCUGCACGAUGCACAGCGGAGCGCAACGGCUGUGUUCAGGGAAGGGGUGGGGUACCGCGUUUCGCAGUGCCAAGAUGGUGGCCAGGCAGGCCGUGGAGGCCGGGUCGGUGAGGAAUGGGAGGAGCCAGAAGUGCUUUACAGGCUGAACAUGCAAGCGCGUCUGGCGCCCGAGAGGCCGAUCAGCCAGGUUGUGGAGGUCAACAAGGGCAUCACAGCGGAGGCGCAGGCGGAGAUCGAUGCUAUGAACGCAGCGCGCGCGGCCCGCUGGUCCGUGCGGCCUCAGGGGGCGGAGUUUAGGGAGGAGUUUAACCCUAGAAGGGACUACGGCUGGAGCGCCCGUCGUCCAAGGUGCUCGUAG